AUGGCCGAAUGGGGGAAAGGUGAUCCUCGUUGGAUUGUUGAAGAUCGUCCAGAUGCUACCAAUCCAAAUAAUUGGCAUUGGAAAGAGAAAAAUGCUACGCAAUGGUCAAAGGAUAAAUUUAAAGAAUUAUUAAUUGGACUUAAAAUUGAAAAUGAAGAAUAUACAUGUGAAAUAAAAGAAUUAAAAAAAUGUUCAGGUGAAUCAUCAGUUAAUAAUCGAAAAGCUAAACUUUUCUUUUUAUACGAAUGGUAUAUCCAAGGUAAAUGGGAAGGAUCAAGUCGUACAGGAGAAAAUCCAACGAAAUAUGAAGGUUCAUUUGAUAUACCAAAUUUAUCCGAUGAAAAUGAAAUUCAUGAAGUGAAUAUAACAUUCUCUGUUGAUAAAUCAAAAGGCGAAAAAUUAAUAGAUCUAAUGAAAAGUCAUGGUGAAUCAAUAAUAAGACAGAAACUUGCAGAAUACAUACGUUUACUUAAAGAACAAUUCUCUCAAGGACUUAUAUUGCCAACUAUAGAUAAUACAAAUACAACUGAUACAAAAUCUGUAUCAUCUAUAAAUAAUUCUAAAACCGUAAUCAAUCCACAAAUACUAAUAACUGAAAACAAAUCGCCAACUGUGACGUUUAGAGAUUUGAAAAUUCAUGACAAAUUUAAUUGUACAAAAAUAGAAUUAUUUACAACCUUUUGUGAUAUAAAUAAAGUGAAAGCAUUUACGCAAAAUAGUGUGUCACAAUAUGAUUGUAGGAAAGGAGGAUUUUUUUCAUUAUUUAGUGAUAAUAUAACAGGACGCUUUCUUGAUAUUGUACCCUAUGAUCGUAUUGAUAUAUUGUGGCGUUUUAAAUCGUGGCCCAGCGAUCACUAUUCACAUGUUUCAUUAUCAUUUCAUGAUGAUACCGAUCAAACAAAAAUUUUUAUUCAGCAAACAGGUGUACCAAGUCAAUUCUAUGACAAUACUAUGCAAGGUUGGAAACAUUUUUAUUUCGAAAGUAUUAAAUCAACAUUUGGUUACGGAUCACGACUACUUUAG